AGAAUUGGGCAGCUAGGCAAAGCGAGGUUUUCUUUCUUCUUCUCCGUGUGUCUGACGGCUAUAAACAACUGAAGAUCUCGACCGUGGGGUCGGCAAGCUAUGAAUCUGAGAUUCAAGGAAGGUUCUUCUAUUUCUGACCACUUGAAUGAAUUUCAAGGGUGUUUUGAUCAGUUGUCAGACAUGGGCGUAAAGUUCGAGGAUGAGAUUUUGGGGCUUUGGUUGCUGAAUACUUUGCCUGAUUCUUGGGAAAAUCUUCGUGUGUCUUUGAUUAGUUCUGCUCCUGGUGGUACAGUAACUAUGGAGUAUGUCAAAGCUGCCGUUCUGAAUGAAGAAGUGAGACGCAGAACUCAUGAGACAUCUACUUCAAAAUCUGAUGUCUUGGUUACUGAAAAUAGGGGGAGAAGCAAAGACAGAGAUCAUGGAGAAUUCAAAAGGGGCAAGAGCAUGAGCAAGUUCAGGUCAAAAUACAAAAAUGUUGAGUGCCAUUAUUGUCAUAAAAAGGGGCACUUAAUGAAAAACUGCUUCAAGCUGAAGAAAAAAGACAAGAAUAAGCCAGAAGGGAAAGAUGGUGAAAAUGAUCGCCAUGUUGCAGCCACGACUUCGGGUGAUCUGAUAGUUGUUUCUGAUAACGACUUGAUUAAUGUUGCCUCUGAUGAAUCAAGUUGGGUUAUCGAUAGUGGUGCCGCUUUCCAUGUUACGUCAAGGAAAGAUUUCUUCACAUCUUAUACUCCAGGUGAUUAUGGGGUAUUGAAGAUGGGUAAUGAUGGUCGUUCACAAGUUGUUGGCAUUGGAGUUGUGGUCCUGGAAACAAAAACUGGGAUGAAGUUAGUGUUGAAAAAUGUCAGACAUGCACCAGAUAUUCGCUUGAAUUUGAUAUCUACUAGUGUCUUGGAUGAUGAAGGUUAUAUGAGUACCUUUGGUGAUGGACAAUGCAAACUCACUAAGGGUUCUCUUAUUGUGGCUCGUGGGAAGAAGUGUUCAGAUCGAGUAUGGUCCGGGAAAGAUGUUUCUUAUGACCAUUUGCGUGUUUUUGGGUGUAAAGCUUUUGUACAUGUUCCAAAGGAUGAGAGAUCCAAAUUAGAUGUCAAGACGAGGCAGUGCAUCUUUGUUGGCUAUGGUCAUGAUGAAUUUGGCUAUAGACUUUAUGAUCCUGUUGAGAAGAAGCUUGUCAGAAGCCGUGAUGUUAUCUUUAUGGAGGAUCAGAAUAUUGAAGAUAUUCAGAAGAUGGAGAAGUUAUGAUGAUCUUGUUGAUUUGAAUCCAACUCCCGUGGCUCAUACGCCUAAUGCUACCAAUGGAGAUCAGAAUGAUGUUAACAAUCAUGUUCCAUAUGAUUUUGCCGGUGGUAAUGGUGAAGAAGAUACAAAUGAGGUACAUAAUCAACCUCAUGUUGAUAA